CUUGGGUAAGUUCCCCUUCCGCUUCCUCCCACCCCACCACUGCUGCUCUUCAGCAGGCGCCUUGCCAGCCUCCACACCCCUUGUGCCUGCAGAAACGCGCCUGGCCCUGAGCUGUCACCACUGACACUGUCCAGGCCCCGGACACGAUGCAAGCCAUCAAGUGUGUGGUGGUUGGAGAUGGGGCCGUGGGCAAGACCUGCCUUCUCAUCAGCUACACCACCAACGCCUUCCCUGGAGAGUACAUCCCCACCGUGUUUGACAACUAUUCAGCCAAUGUGAUGGUGGACAGCAAGCCCGUGAACCUGGGGCUGUGGGACACUGCCGGGCAGGAGGACUACGACCGCCUCCGGCCGCUCUCCUACCCACAGACGGACGUCUUCCUUAUCUGCUUCUCCCUCGUCAGCCCCGCCUCCUAUGAGAACGUCCGUGCCAAGUGGUUCCCGGAAGUGCGGCACCACUGCCCCAGCACACCCAUCAUCCUGGUGGGCACCAAGCUGGACCUGCGGGAUGACAAGGACACCAUCGAGAAACUGAAAGAGAAGAAGUUGGCUCCCAUCACCUACCCGCAGGGCCUGGCACUGGCCAAGGAGAUUGAUUCGGUGAAAUACCUGGAGUGCUCAGCCCUCACCCAGAGAGGCUUGAAAACAGUGUUCGAUGAGGCCAUCCGGGCCGUGCUGUGCCCUCAGCCCACGCGGCCGCAGAAGCGCCCCUGCAGCAUCCUCUAGGGGUUGCACCCCAGCUCUCCCAACCAGAUGGAUCUGAUCUUCCAGGAUCCCCACCCAAAGCCUGAUGGCACCCUGGCUGGCCAUGCUGUCCCUUCCCUCUGGCAUUUCUUAGCAGACGGCUGCAGAGCUUUGUCAAUGGUCUUUUCUGUGCCGGAAGCCUCCUGAGGCCAGGAAGGUGCAAAUUUGCAGGUGCUGCAUCCCAAGCCUCUCAUGCUCCUGCCUUCCUGAGGGCCGGAGGGGAGCCCCAGGACCCAUUCAACCACCCCUGUGUUCCUGUCGUCAGUGCCAGCUGCUGCCUGUGGAAGCAUCUGCCCGUUCACGCAGUCCUACCCCAUGCCUGACUCCCCUCUGGAAACUGCAGGCCAGAUGGUUGCCGCCACCACUGUGUUCCUUCGGGGACAGGGCUCUUACUCCCUCCUGAGGCAGCCUGCUCUAAUAUAGACAGUCCUGCUUGUCAGAGAGUUCUUCUACCCAGUAAAAAUGAGUGUCUCAGAAGUGUGCUCCUCUGGCCUCAGUUCUCCUUUUUUGGGACAACAUAAAUCGAAUUUUCUAUAUCUCUGGGGGUAUCUGCUCAGCCAGUGGAAGGUCCGGGUUCAACACGGCCCCUGCCAUCUCUUAAGACUUUCUGCUCCACUCACAGGAUCCUGAGCUGCACUUAACCUGUGAGAGUCUUAAAACUUUGAAUCCUUGCCAGUCAGGACUUUUGCUAUUGCAAAUAGAAAACCCAACUCAACCUGCUUAAGCAGAAAAUAAAUUUAUUGAUU